AUGUCGACUAUAAGAUACAUAAUUAUAUUGCUGGCAAUAUGUUUGCUGGGUGUGUAUGCCGAUCCCGGUGCCCAACGGUAUGAGCCCACUUGGGACUCGUUGGAUAAACGGGUCACACCCACGUGGUAUGAUGAGGCUAAGCUAGGUAUUUUUAUACAUUGGGGCCUAUUUUCCGUGCCCUCCUUUGAUAACGAGUGGUUUUGUUUGCUGGGUGUGUAUGCCGAUCCCGGUGCCCAACGGUAUGAGCCCACUUGGGACUCGUUGGAUAAACGGGUCACACCCACGUGGUAUGAUGAGGCUAAGCUAGGUAUUUUUAUACAUUGGGGCCUAUUUUCCGUGCCCUCCUUUGAUAACGAGUGGUUUUGGUGGAAUUGGGCGCAUAAUGAUACGAAAUACAUUAACUUUAUGGCCAAAAACUAUAGGCCCGGGUUCACGUACGGCGACUUUGCCAACCAGUUUACCGCCGAGUGGUAUGACCCGGAUAAGUGGGCCGAGAUAUUCAAAGCAUCGGGUGCUAAGUAUAUAGCGUUAACCAGCAAACACCACGAGGGGUAUACACUAUGGCCAUCGACCACCUCGUUCAAUUGGAAUGCCAUGGAUGUCGGACCUAAAAGGGACUUGCUUGGUGACCUGGCGGUGGCUGUCCGUAAACAGGGUAUUAAAUUUGGUGCCUACCAUUCCCUUAUGGACUGGUAUCACCCACUAUUUCUGAGCGAUGAGAAAAGUGGCUGGAAAGACACCGAUUUUGUCAAAGCGAAAUCGAGACCAGAAUUGGAGGAAUUGGUGAAUAAAUACAAACCGGAGCUCAUCUGGUCGGACGGGGACUGGACAGCACCGGCCACCUACUGGAACAGUACCGAUAUUAUAGCCUGGCUUUAUAACGACAGUCCCGUUAAGGACACGAUUGUAGUGAACGACCGAUGGGGAAAGGACAUGAUCUGCCAUCACGGAGACUUCUAUACCUGUUCCGAUAGGUACGCCCCAUCUGUACUACAGCCCCACAAAUGGGAGAGUUGUAUGAGUUUUGAUAAGAAAUCGUGGGGUUUCCGACGGGAGGCACCUCUGGCUGACUACAUGACCACAGAGGAGGUGGUCCACAGUUUUGUGCAGACAAUUAGUUGCGGCGGAAACCUAUUGCUAAACAUAGGGCCCACACAUGACGGACGGAUACCCCUCUUAUUUGAGGAACGGCUCCGACAGUUGGGCGCAUGGCUUGGCAUCAACGGUGAGGCCGUGUAUGCGACCAAACCCUGGGUUAACCACAGGACUCAUCAAAACGAUUCCGUUUCCGGAGACGUUUGGUAUACCUACAAAGACAAAAACGUAUACCCCAUUGCCCUAUCGUGGCCUAAGAAUAACCAAUUGGAGCUUGGUGAUAUUGACUUUAAAACUGUGAACACCGUUGAACUGUUGGGAACCACCGGACAGUUAGCUGUAAAGGAGAAGGGAAAGGGAGUUGUGAUAACAUUCCCAUCGCUCACACCUCCCAUUAAACUGGAUUACGCCUAUGCCCUCAGAAUUAAAACUAAAUAA